UUGUUGACAACAAGAUGGCGGACACUAUCAUCUGUCUUUAAUAAUGUAGUUGUUUUCAUAUUUUUCUGGGCCUGUCGACCUAUUAUGUAGGUCUUUGUAAACGCAUUCGUAAACACGCGUUGUGAUUUACUUCUGAAUUGACUGGAAAGUAGAAAUAAUAAGUGAAAAUGCCGCCAAAAAAGAAGAAGAGUGGGAAGAAGGGGAAGAAAAGUGCGAAGAAAUCUGGAAGGGGAUCACCAUCAAAAACAUCCAGUGAACAACUCAAUGAAUUGUCUAAGGAAUACUACCUCAUCCAGAUCAGGGAUCUGGAAAACAGACUUGCUAGGUACCAGAAAAAAUGUGAUGAGCUGGAAGUCAGCCAGGGGGCAUUCAAGGAUCAGUUUGAUCAGAUGGCCAGGGACAAGAAUGAUAUUGUGUCAUUCUGGAAAAGACAAGUCGAUCUGAAAACUGAUGAGAAUGCUGACCUGCAGGAACAGUUGAUUGGUCUCCAGCAAACCAGAGAACAAGAGAAGGAGCAGGCUAAUGCUACAAUCCAGCAACUCCGACAGGAGUUCCAGGAAACCAAGGACCAGCUCACUUCGGACAACAUGAUCCUUGGUGGUAAACUGGCCUCACUGGAGGAGUUCAAGGUACAAAAGGAGGACCUGAUGGCCAAGUUUGCUGCUAUGGAGGAAGACCUAAAGCAGAAGGAUGAGGACCACAAGAAGAUGAUCUAUGACCUGGAGAAGAAAGCUGUCAUUGAUAAGGACAGACUGAAGAAGGAGAUGGUAUCGCGAGUCAACACAGUAGCAGCAGAGUUUCGGAAAGUCUCCAACAAACAAAUGGCAGAGACCACAAAACGCACCAUCAGAGAAAACGUGUCAAUCAUGGCUCAACUUGUGCAGAAAUCUGACAAAACUAUGGAGCUGAUCCAAGAAAAUGAUGAUCUGCGGGCGAAGGAGAAGAAACAGAAACAACACAUAGAGAUGUUAGAAACGACAGAAAAAGAGCUGGCGAAGAAAAACCACAGCAAUCAAAAGGUGAUACGGAUGCUGACAGAAAAGUGUCGUGCCCAGGAGGCAAUGGUAGGAGAGUUGGAGAUGAGAGAACAAGAAUACCAGGAGGUGGAGGCUGAGCAUGAACUGCUGCAGCAACAACUCCAGUCUCAGAGGGAAGACAUACAAAAAUUGGCAAAGGAAAAUGAGACCCAUGAAGAAAAUCUGAAAGAUGUGAAGGACAAACACAGGGUGGAGAAACGAAACCGAGAAAAACUUGACAAAGUGCUGUGUGAUGCUGCCAGUGCACUUCGACUGGCUCUUGGGAAAUAUGACGAUGAAGAGGAACUUCCUGAGUAUGGGGCAGGACUCAACGACAUAGAGCGACGAGACAACAUGUUGGAGAAUCUCCUCGUCCUGCUCAACAGUGCUGCAGCGGUGGGUGUGGGCCCUGAGCCAAGCUCUCUCGGAAAACACCAGAAAGUACGACAACGUAGCGCCAGUGAGAUGCCUGGUAGUAAACAGGGCAUUAAACGAGGGAUGUUGCCAAUGUCCCCUAUAGCGAAAAGCUCUCAAGGAACAUUGCCCCACUACCAGCUUGGUGAUUUGGGCCUUAUACCUCGACCCAAAAACGCCAUCCCCAGCAGUCUGGACAAGAUGAGGGUCCUGUCUGCAACCACGCGAUUAGGGGGACUUCGUAAGGUGCUUACCCGAUCAGUGGGCAUACAGACUGUCAGUGCUCCAAAGGCGCUGUUCUAUGCUGACCAACUUCUCAGUAAGGCUCCAGUUCAUACUCAGAACGCUGUACUACACGAAAAGUCACGUCAAGACAUCAGAUCUCCUGGAAUUCCUCUUGGCCCCAUCAGUCCUGCUAAGAAUAUGAUGGUGGGCAAGGCUUACUGAGCAACACAAUUAACUCCCUCACAACUUUCUCCUGUCACUACAAGCAUGCUCGGUCAAAGCUACCUAAAUAAAUCUUAUAAAACUAGCUGAAAGUGUAUAUGUUUUGAAACAUAGUGAGAAAGCCAUAUUCUUCCUGUUUCUGUAUUUGGCCUGGUUUUGUAACAGUUCAUUAGAUGACAGAUUGUGAUUCUGACCGUAUAAUAUAGCAUAAGAUAAAAAGAGCUCAAGAUGACAUUUAAUCCCCAUCAUUAUACCGGUGUACCCAGGUGGUAUAGAGCAUCAAGUCUUAUUGUAUCAUGUUUGAUUAUGAUAACGAUCACUUUCAUACAAGUAUGAGCAAUGUCAGAUUAUAGGUCUAAUGCUGUGUCAUGGUGUAGCCAUUGAAAUCCAGUGCUGUACUAUAAAGGUAUUAAGGGCGUCAUGUCAGAAAGUCCACAAUGUCCAUAUGUAGUGAAAGCAUGUGGGUAGUGAGAGGAUGGUGAUGCCAGACUUUUUUGUAGUGAAAAACUGGUGGGUAGGGGGAGUGGACGACACCAACUUUUUUUACAGUGUAAAACCUGGUGGCGAGUGGAGAGAGGGGUAUGACACCAGGUUUUGUUGUAAUAUAAUGUGAUAGGGGGGAGGGGGUGGGGUCAUCAGAAUAUUCAUGUAGAGUAUAAAACUGCUGGGGAGGAUGGAGUGGCACAGGUUUUGCUGUAAUGUAGUACCUGGCCGUCGGGGGAGGGGGGAAUGGUAGGAGGGAGGGGGAGCACCAGAAUAUGUUAUGUAGUGUAUAACUGGUGCGGGGGGAGCAUCUUUGACCUUACACCUGUCCUUCUCCUAGCUACCACUGUCACGCUAAAAGUGCCACCCGGCUAUUUAUAUUUCUAUUUUUAAGUUAGUAUUUCUUAUUUUCAAUACAAUAUGUUGUGACCACUUUAAAACUGCAUGGCUCAAUGAAUAUAGAUAUGUAACUAUGGAACUGUUUAUACCUAAAGAUAAUGGUGUUCAAGUGUUUGUGUCAUGAAAUAAUGGCAUUCCUUUUAUAUAACUUCAUGUACUAAAAUAAUAGUAUGAUAUUGUCUUUCAUCUAUGUGAGAUGUCAUUACACCAUUUUGUUUCAUUAAGUUUCAAAUUAUUUAAGACACCAGGCAUUGAUCAGGUAUAAUUUCAUACCAUUUGAUGUGACAAAUAUACAGCCCUGCAUAUCUAAAAAUUAUAUCUAUAGAAAAAAAUAUUCUGAUGUUUUAAAUUUUUUUUAAAUGUCUUAAUUUCUUCAGAAACAUUUCUAUAUUUUAUUGAAAUAACUUUUUUAAGCAAGUCUCUUGACUGUAGAACUAUAGCACAACUCGUGUGUAUGGCUAUGUAAACAAAUAGGAACUAUUUGGUCUAAAUAUUUAUAAAUAAGACUAAAGUUUGAGAAUCAUCUCAUGCAUGAGAGUGAAGAAAUUUUCAGUUUAAAGCCUGUGAUAACCUCAGAACGAUUGAAAAUUUAUUUCUAGUUAUUUUUUUCUGUUUUAUCCGUCCAAGAUGUUAUUGUGACAUAUAUUAUCUGGAUAACACUGGGUUAUCCAUCCUAAUUACCAUGGUGACUUGUCACCUGGGAAACUCUGGGUUAUCCAUUCUAGUUACCAUGGUGACAUGUCACCUUAAUCACACUGGUUUAUCAAUCUUAGUUGCCGAGGAGACAUGUCAUCUACGUAACACUGGGUUAUUCAUCCUAGUUGCCAUGUUUACAUGUCCCUUGUGUAACACUGGGUUAUCUGUCCUAUUUACCAUGGUUACAUGUCACCUCGGUAACACUGGAAUAUCUGUCCUAGUUGCCGUGGUGACAUGUUGCCUAGGUAGCAGUGGGUUAUUCGUCCUUGUUGCCAUGGAGAUAUUACACUUGGGUAACACUGGGUUAUCCGUCCUAUUUACCAUGGCGACAUGUCACCUCAGUAACACUGGGUUAUCUUUCCUAGUUGUCAUGGUGACAUGUCACCUUGGUAACACUGGGUUGUCCGUCCUAGUUGCCAUGGUGACAUGUUACCUAGGUAACACUGGGUUAUCUGUCCUAGUUGCCAUGGUGACAUGUCACCUUGGUAACACUGGGUUGUCCGUCCUAGUUGCCAUGGUGACAUGUUACCUAGGUAACACUGGGUUGUCUGUCCUAGUUGCCAUGGUGACAUGUCACCUUGGUAACACUGGGUUGUCCAUCUCAGUUGCCAUGGUGACAUGUUACCUAAGUAACACUGGGUUAUCUGUCCUAGUUUCCAUGGUGACAUGUUACCUAGGUAACACUCAGCUAUCCGUCCUAGUUGACAGCUGUGCUAACUAGAUAAUACCAAAGGUUACCACCUACCUGCUAUUGUUGUCGUAUGAUUUACGAAGUAUUACAAGUUAUUGUUUCUGUACAUCACAUUUACAUAAUAUACACCAUCGUUUACUUUUGAUGUAUACUUCUUGUUUUUCAACAAAUAAAAUAUCAGAUAUGAUUUUGUA